AUGCCUUACCAUAUUUUCAGUGACAGACAAUCUCUCUGACUGAUUGAGAAGAUCCAGAUUACAGCCAUUAUCCUGGGUUCCCUUUUCCUCAUUGCCAGUAUUUCCUGGCUGGUGUGGUCCUCCCUCAGCCCCUCAGCCAAAUGGCAACGGCAGGAUCUGCUUUUCCAAAUAUGCUAUGGCAUGUAUGACUUCAUGGACAUUGUUUGCAUAGGUAACCUUAUAAUCCAUGAGGAUUCAUCUGUGUUGAAGUACUAGCAAGCAGUGAACCAGCAGUGGAAAGUAUUGAAUUAUGACAAGUCUAAAGACUUAGGGGCUUCAACCACCUCCAGCAGUAAAGAAGGGGAUCAAGGGUUAAGGAGUUUGCCACACACUUCAGGCCUAAACGUCCGUGCAGGUCACACUGAGCAGCCCAUUAGAACUUUACUCAACCAGCACUGUAGAUACACUCUAUUGCAUAUUCUACGGCCUAGUGAGCACCGCCUUGGAACAGCUACAAACCAUAAUGUCAUGAUGAACAUUACUACUGUUUGA